GUCUGUUGAAGGUAGAUCUUUAACUGCAUGAUCGUGGGUUGUGUUGAAGUUAGGUUGAGCCUUACCACAUCCCUUUAACAGCGCGUUGAGAUUAAGUAGAUCCUUAACUGCUCCCUUUUCAUAGUCUCCAAGUUGGGUAGGCUCUAUUUUUAACCGAUCUCUUUUAACGGUGUAUUGAAGAUAAGAAUAUCCUUAACGGAACCGCUUUAAAGGUGUAUUGAAGUUUACAAGAUAUCCUUAUCUGAUUCGUUUUCACACUGUUGCAGAGCACCAUGCCUGAACCUGUGUGACCGACACAGUGACGUUCAGGGCGGCCAACCCGGAAACUGGCUGCCGAUCGAGGGCUUAUACUUGCGAGCCGCGAUCUGCUAUGCGAGCCGGCCGCCGGAGCGUCUUCGCCGGGACUCACGGUACCUCUUGGCUCCGUUCGCUCCGCAUGUUAAGGUGUCUUGGUUUCCUUUUGUGACAAAUCCCAGACAGACCUCGGACAUCUCCUGGUGCCCGCAUCCCCCAGCCCGGAGAUCUCACCUGCUGGCUUGCCAGCCAGGGGGUGAAGAUGUGCGUGCCGGUGGGGACCCGAAAGAGCUGCCCUGCUUUCCGCCUGUCUGAUCGGGCUUCCGUCAGCCAGCGCUGGCAGACAGGGUGUCUCAACAUGGGGAACCUCCUUAAAGUUCUGACUUGCACUGACUUUGAGCAGGGACCUAACUUUUUCCUCGAUUUUGAAAAUGCACAGCCAACCGAGUCAGAAAGACGAGUGUGGGAGCAGGUGAACGUGGUCCUGAAAGAUGCCAGGGGCGUUUCGGAUGACCUGCAGGCCUACAAGGGAGCGGGUGCCGAGAUCCGAGAGGCCAUCCAGAACCCCAUGGACGAGAGCUUGCAAGAAAGGGCUUGGGGCGCUGUCGUCCCCUUGGUAGGGAAGCUGAAGAAGUUCUAUGAGUUCUCCCAGAGGUUAGAGGCAGCUCUGCACAGCCUUCUGGGAGCCCUUACCUGCAUGCCUGACAGCCCCACGCAGCACCUGGAGCGCGAGCAGGCUCUGGCCAAGCAGUUCGCUGAGAUCCUGCACUUCACGCUGCGUUUCGACGAGCUCAAGAUGACCAACCCCGCCAUCCAGAAUGACUUCAGCUACUACAGGAGAACUUUGAACCGCAUGCGUAUCAACAACAUCCCGGCGGAAGGGGAGAAUGAUGUAAAUAAUGAACUGGCCAAUCGGAUGUCCCUCUUCUACGCUGAGGCCACGCCUAUGUUGAAAACAUUAAGUGAUGCAACAACAAAGUUUGUGUCUGAUAACAAGAACCUGCCUAUUGAGAACACGACAGACUGCCUUAGCACGAUGGCGAGCGUCUGCAAAGUCAUGCUGGAGACCCCGGAGUAUCGCAGCCGGUUCGCCAGUGAAGAGACCGCCUCCUUCUGUCUCAGGGUCAUGGUGGGAGUCAUCAUCCUCUACGACUAUGUGCAUCCCGUUGGGGCCUUUGCCAAGUCCUCUAAGAUCGAUAUGAAAGGAUGCAUAAAAGUCCUCAAAGAGCAGCCUGCGAACAGUGUAGAAGGUCUUCUGAAUGCUCUCAGGUACACGACAAAGCAUCUGAACGACGACACCGCCUCCAAGCAAAUCAAAACUCUGCUGCAAUAGCACCAACCUCGUCCGGCGCUUUCCUGGGAGGCCUGGCCGUCGAGCUGCCUGUCCACAGCGAUGUACAGAAUUUUAUUUUUGUUUAACGAGGCAAGAAAAUGGAAACAUUACUGCUUUAAUUCUCCUUUUAAUAAAGAAAGUGUCUCUAGUUUGUUUUCACAAAGAGGAUUAUUUUUUUAAAGCCAUAUAACAGCUGGCAGCUAAUGAUGUGCCCAGUGCUCUUGCCUGUUGCGGAGAGGGAAUCAUUUCAAUGUUUAAAUCGCCUCUUCUACAGUACAGAACCAUGUCUUUCUUGCAUUUAUGUACUAAUAUAUUCCUUGUGUUUGCUUGUUUUUUUUUUUUUUUUUAAGGUUAAAAUUAAAGAAUGUUAAAUUAGUUUUGCUAUUGAAAUGGUACCUGGUGAAGAUAAUUGGAAAUAGCUGUAUUGUUAUUGUUUUUUUUUUUUUUAUAAGAGUUCUGGAAGAUUCUGUUUGAUACUGUGGAAUGUGUUGAUAAUGAAUAAAAGUGAGCUGGAUACGUCGAUAAGA